AUGUAAAAGUCUAUAGGAAAAUAUAUAACAUCAAAUUCAAGUUAUUUAGGAAGUGGAUCAUUGGGGAGAGUACAAUUUUUUAAAACUAAUAUAGGUUGAUAAAGCAAAAGACUCAGAGAAAAAUAUUGAUGUUGUUCUUAAAGCAAUUCCUAAGAGUAUUUUAAAGGAUGAUGAGGCUAUUCAGUUGGCAUUAUUAGAUGAAAUAAAAUUAUUUCAGAAAAUAAAGAAUCCAAAGAUAGUAGAUUUAUUAGAUGUAUUUUAACAUGAAGGAACUUAUUAUAUGGUGAUGGAAUAUAGUCAACUCAAUUUAUAACAGUUAAAUUUUAUAUGUUAUGUUAGAUAUUUAAAGAAGGAUAAAGAGAAGAUGUGUAUGAGUGAAUAGGAAGCUAUUAAGAUGUUAAAUGAUUUACUUGAAGGGUUCACUGAGUUAAAUAAACAUGGAGUGAUUCAUAGAGGAUUAAAAUUAUCAAAUAUUAUGGUAAAUGAAGGUGUCUUUAAAUUAGCAGGUAAUUCUAUUAAAAAUAUAUAGAUUGUGGGUUAUCUAAAUGUUUAGAGUCAUUUAGAAAAGAACAACAAUAACUUUCUUAAUAUUAAUAUUUAUCACCAUAAAUUUUAUAAGGUCAAAAAUAUACAAAUAAAUGUGAUAUAUGGUCAUUGGGUAUUAUAUUGUAUUAAGUACUCUUUGGAUAUACUCCUUGGUUUGGUGCAAAAUUGGAUGAAUAUUAACAUUAAUUGUGGCAUACAUUACUUUAAUUUUCAGAAGACAAAAAGUAAAUUAGUAAUGAAAUGAAAUCUUUCAUUGAAGGUUGUUUGGCAAUAGAAGAAGGUUAUAGAAAUUAAUAUUUUAGAGGAAAGAUUUGAUUGGGAUGCAGUCUUUAAACAUAAAUUAGUGUGUGAACAUUUCAAGAAUUACAGAUCCUAGAUAAAGUAAGAUUAAAUCAAAUUUUUAAUGAACGAAGUCAGGUAGAAGAUUAUUAAAUAGAAUAUUGAUGUCAUUAAGUUAUUUAAUGAACUUGAUGUUAAUGGAGAUCAUACUUUAGAAUAUAAAGAAUUAGUUGUACUACUCAGAAAAAUAGAUAAAACAUUAUCAAAUACGGAUUGCAAAAUCAUAUUUAAGCAAUUAGAUUUAGAUGGUGAUAAGACUAUUUCAUUUGAUGAAUUUGCAAAAUGGUUGACUGAUAAUAAUACAAAGAUGACAUUAUUAACUAGAAAAUUUCAUCGUCAAUCUACAAUGAAAAAUGCUGCAUCUCCAGGAGUCUAACCUUCGAAUACAACUUUUGGUUAGAAUGUUAAAUAAACUCCAUAAAGUUUAGUAAAUAUUUAAACUCCAUUGGGUUAUGAAAAUUAAAUUAAUAAUCCUAUGAAUUCAUUAAAUGAUUUAGAUACUAACCCUUUUGAAGAUAUUUGCAAAUAGCGUUCUCCAGAAUAAACCAUAUUAUUAUUAAAGGAUGGUUUAAAUUAAUUUAGAAUCAAUUUAUUUGAUUUUUUUUGUAGGUUUGAUUAAAAUAGAGAUGGAUUUAUUAGUUUUUAAGAAUUUUUUUUGAUGGCUAAGUAAAUUAACUAGCAAUUUACUAAUGAAGAAUUAAGAAUAGCAUUUAAAGUUUUUGAUUUGAAUGAUGAUAAUUUCAUUAAAUUUGAAGAAUUUAAAGAGAUUCUUGCAAUUACAGUUCAAAGAGUAUAUUUAUAAUUUAUAUAAAGCCAAUUAAACCAAAUAUGAGUUUUCCAUAGUUUCCAUUACAGAAUUCAAGUUAUGCCCCUUUUUUUGGUACAUAAUAUCAACCAUAACAACCUUAAUAACCAUAAUAACCAUAACAACCAUUAUUACCAUAAUAACCAUUAUAGCCAUAAUAAUAACCAUAAUAAUAAUUUCAACCUUUUUAAAGUAAUAACUAUUAAAAUUCAUAAUAUAAUUAACUCUAAUAAGGUGGAUAAUAAUAAUUUCCUUAUUAAUAAUAAUUGAACAAUAAUUUUCCAUCUUAAAAUAAUGAUUUAAAUAUAGCAUACCAACUAAUGAAUUAUUGA